AUGAGCAGCAGUGGAAGCAACUCAUCAUCAUCAUCCGCCGGCGAAGCACCGGAUCAGAUUGACGGACUGCUUGCCGGAGCCGGGUACACGGUACGGUCAUCGGAGCUCCGACACGUGGCCCAGCGGCUCGAACGCCUCGAGAAUGUCAUGGUCAACGCGCCAGCAGAGGUCUCACAGCUCGCAAACGACGCCGUUCACUAUAACCCAUCGGACCUCGGGUCCUGGGUCGAUUCGCUUCUCUCGGAGUUCAACCAACCCGUGCUCGUACCCGCCUCCGCCGAUCUACCCGAGUACUCUGAUCUCAGUUACCUCGACGGCUUGGUGGGACCCGCAUUAGAUCCGACGGUUAAUAACACCGGGUCAUGGGCGGAACACCGUGGGGCUGAGCAGCAGCAAGAAAUUCCUCGGCAGUUAUCGGUGGUGGAGGAAGAUUCCGGCAUUCAAUUGGUCCACGCGUUGAUGACGUGUGCUGAGUCAGUCCAACGUGGCGAAUUCUCAUUGGCUACGACCUUGAUUGACGAGAUGCACAAUUUGCUGACACGUAUAAACACAGAUUGUGGCAUUGGGAAAGUCGCCGGCUACUUUAUUGAUGCACUGAGCCGCCGGCUCUUCGCGCCGCAAGGGGUCGGCUCAGUCGGGUCGGCUUAUGAAAAUGAGAUUUUGUACCAUCACUUCUAUGAAGCUUGUCCUUACUUGAAAUUCGCUCACUUCACCGCUAAUCAAGCGAUAUUAGAAGCAUUUGAGGGCCAUGACUGUGUCCACGUCGUUGAUUUCAAUUUGAUGCACGGCUUACAAUGGCCGGCUCUCAUACAAGCCUUGGCUCUACGACCUGGUGGGCCGCCGUUGCUCCGUUUAACGGGCAUUGGCCCACCUUCGCCCGAUAGGCAUGACUCGCUCCGUGAAACCGGGCUUCGAUUAGCCGAAUUGGCCCGUUCCGUAAACGUCCGAUUCGCUUUUCGUGGGGUUGCAGCUGCACGGCUCGAAGAUGUCAAGCCUUGGAUGUUACAAGUCGACCCAAAAGAAGCCGUAGCGAUAAACUCCGUCAUGCAGCUCCAUAGACUACUUGUACCGGACCCAACUCGUGGAUCGCCAAUUGAUAUUGUUCUCGGGUGGAUUCGAAGGUUGAACCCAAAAAUCAUGACGGUGAUUGAGCAGGAAGCAAACCACAAUCAACCCGAGUUUUUGGGUCGGUUCACUGAAGCCCUAUAUUACUAUUCAACUAUGUUCGACUCUUUAGAAGUUUGUACAGCUCAACCCGAAAAGGCCUUAACCGAGAUGUAUAUUCAAAAAGAGAUAUGCAAUGUGGUGUGUUGUGAAGGCUCGGCUCAAGUCGAGAGGCACGAGCCGCUGGCCAAGUGGAGGGCUCGGUUAGUUGGGGCCGGGUUUAGACCGCUCCAUUUGGGAUCCAAUGCAUUCAGGCAAGCUAGUAUGUUGUUAACGUUGUUCUCGGCUGGUGGGUAUUGCGUGGAAGAGAAAGAAGGGUGCUUGACGCUCGGCUGGCAUAGCCGCCCUCUCAUUGCGGCUUCAGCUUGGCAAGCCAUUCCUCAGACAAACCCACCACCACCACUUGGUUUUUAAUAAAGUGUGUUUGUACGACUUGUAAUUUGUACCAAGUUUAAUUUCACUCGAUGAGCAAGGACUCUUUUUUGUUUAGAUAAAUGCUUCUGGUCCUCUCUUUCUUUUCAUCAUCCAUUCAUGCAAACUUAUGUUUGGAAUUUUAUGUCGACAUAUAUCAUAGAUAGGGUACAUGGCCUAAAAAGGAUGAUGAAAAGAUUAAGGGGUUGUUUAGGAUAUUUUAAAUAAGUGAAUUUUUUGAUUUUUUAUAAAAUAUAGGUGGAGUUUGAAGUGA